UGUCGUUUGUGUUUGUGCGAAGAGUGUCCGAUGCUUAAUGUGGUGCUGAAUUAUACAAAGUGUUUUAUUAGUGCAAAAAACCAAUAAUAAUCGCUUAAAGUGCUGCUAAACGACAGAGGCCAAACAGUGUUGUGCGUGGCGCACGAAGCACGAACCGAGCAUAACGCCAUCCAAUCAGCAAGAGCAAUGCGUUAGUCGACGGGAGAACCAACCUGCCGGAUGAUAGCAGCAUUGCCGAUUGCACAGAACAGAACGCGCCCGUAUCAGUACGUAACUCACCCAUAUACACACACGCAACACGCAAAUACGCAGCUAAACCACGAUGGCUCGCCAGCUGAAUCCGAGCCAGCAAAAGAUCGCCGAAAAGCUGAUCAUCCUGAACGAUCGCGGCGUGGGCAUACUGACGCGCAUCUACAACAUAAAGAAAGCGUGCGGCGACACCAAAUCGAAGCCAGGCUUCCUCUCGGAAAAGUCGCUCGAAUCGUCGAUCAAGUUCAUCGUGAAGCGGUUCCCGAACAUCGACAUCAAGGGGCUGACGGCGAUCGCGAGCAUCAAGUCGGAAAUCAUCAAGUCGCUCUCGCUGUACUACUACACGUUCGUCGAUCUGCUCGACUUUAAGGACAAUGUGUGCGAGAUUCUCACUACGAUGGAUGCGCUCCAGAUCCAUCUGGACAUUACGCUGAACUUUGAGCUGACAAAGAACUACCUCGACCUGGUGACCACGUACGUGUCGCUCAUGAUACUGCUGUCCCGCGUCGAGGACCGGAAGGCCGUGCUGGGGCUGUUCAAUGCCGCGUACGAGAUGCAGCACACCCAGAGCGAUCAGGCAUUCCCGCGGCUCGGCCAGAUGAUCAUCGACUACGACAUGCCGAUCAAGAAGCUGUCGGAUGAGUUCAUACCCCACCAGCGGCUGCUGUCGAGCGCCAUCAACUCGCUCACCAAGAUUUACUCGAUGCGCAACCUCAGUGCGGAGAAGUGGCGCGAGCUGCAGGUGCUGAGCUUGAUCGGUACGCCCGCGAUGCUGCUGAAAGCGACCAAAACGGACACGAUGUCGUGCGAGUACAUUUCGCUCGAAACGCUCGACCGAUGGGUCAUUUUCGGGCUGAUGUUGGACCAUCGAGCGCUCUCGCAGCAGGGCCUGGUAAGCAACAUGUGGAUAUCGGCGCUUGAUUCAAGCUGGGUGGUGGCACUGUUCCGCGACGAGGUGAUCUACAUCCACCAGUACAUACAGACCAAUUUCGAGGGCAUCAAGGGGUACGGGAAGCGCAUUUCCGAGGUGAAGGAGUGCUACAACCAGGCCAUCUCGAAGGCAGCACUGUUGCAUCGCGAGCGUCGCAAGUUUUUGCGCACGGCUCUGAAAGAGCUGGCGCUCAUCAUGACGGAUCAGCCGGGUCUGCUCGGCCCAAAGGCACUGCUCGUGUUCAUUGGGCUGUGCUAUGCGCGCGAUGAAAUCCUGUGGCUGUUGCGGCACAACGACAACCCGCCGGUGGUGAAGAGCAAGGGCAAGUCGACCGAGGAUCUGGUCGAUCGGCACCUGCCCGAGCUGCUGUUCCACAUGGAGGAGCUGCGUGCGCUCGUGCGCAAGUACAGCCAGGUGAUGCAGCGCUACUACGUGCAGUAUCUGUCCGGGUACGAUGCGAUCGAUCUGAACUACAAAAUGCAGCAGCUGCAGAUGUGCCCUGAGGACGAGAGCAUCAUCCUGUCGUCGCUGUACAAGACGGCCGUCAGCCUGUCGGUGAAGCAGGUCGAGGACAACGAGGUGUUUGAUUUUCGCGCAUUCCGGCUGGACUGGUUCCGGCUGCAAACGUUCAUGAGCGCCAAAUCGGCGGUGCGCAUUACCGACUUUCCCGACCUGGCCCGGCUACUCGACUCGAUGGUGUUCCACACGAAGAUGGUCGACUUUCUGGACGAGUCGCUCGUCGAGACGUCCGAUCUGUCGAUCUUCUGCUUCUACAACAAGAUGUUCGAGGACCAGUUUCACAUGUGUCUCGAGUUUCCGGCCCAAAACCGGUACAUCAUUGCGUUCCCGCUGAUCUGCAGCCACUUCCAGAACUGUACGCACGAGAUGUGCCCCGAGGAGCGGCACCACAUCCGCGAACGAUCGCUCUCGGUGGUGAACAUGUUCCUGGACGAGAUGGCUAAGGAGGCGAAAAACAUCAUCACCACCAUCUGCGACGAGCAGUGCAUGAUGGCGGACGCGCUGCUGCCGAAGCACUGCGCGAAGAUCCUGUCGGCGGCGGCCAACCGCAAGAAGAAGGACAAAAACAAGAAGCACAUGGACGACAUCCGGCGACCGGGCGAUGAGAGCUACCGCAAAACGCGCGAGCUGCUCACCACGAUGGACAAGCUGCACAUGGCACUGACCGAGCUGUGCUACGCCAUCAACUACUGCCCCACGGUGAACGUGUGGGAGUACGCGUUCGCACCGCGCGAGUACUUGUGCCAGCAUCUGGAGACGCGCUUCUCCCGCGCGCUGGUCGGUAUGGUGAUGUACAGCCCGGACACGUCCGAGAUUGCCAAGCCGUCAGAGCUGCUGGCGUCGGUGCGGGCGUACAUGAACGUGCUGCAAACGGUGGAAAACUACGUGCAUAUCGACAUUACGCGUGUGUUCAACAACUGCUUGCUGCAGCAAACGCAGCCCCAGGACAGCCACGGCGAGAAGACGAUCGCGGCGCUCUACAACACCUGGUACUCGGAUGCGCUGCUGCGAAAGGUCAGCGGUGGCAACAUUGUGUUUUCGCUCAACCAGAAAGCGUUCGUUUCGAUCUCCCCCGAGGGCUACAUACCGUUCAAUCCGGAAGAGUUUUCCGACUUUAACGAGCUGCGCGCGCUGGCGGAGCUGAUCGGGCCGUACGGCAUCAAGCUGCUGAACGAGUCGCUCAUGUGGCACAUCGCCAACCAGGUGCAGGAGCUGAAGCGGCUGGUCGUGCAGAACAAGGAGGUGCUGAUGAUACUGCGCAGCAACUUCGACAAGCCGGAGAUCAUGAAGGAACAGUUCAAGCGGCUGCAGCAGGUCGACAAUCUGCUGCAGCGCAUGACCAUCAUCGGCGUGAUACUGAGCUUCCGGCAGCUCGCCCAGGAAGCGCUGGUGGACGUGCUGGAGCAGCGCGUCCCGUUUCUGCUCUCCUCGAUCAAGGACUUCCAGGAGCACGUGCCGGGCGGCGAUCCGCUCAAAACCGUGUCCGAGAUGGCGUCGGCCGCCGGGCUGAAGUGCAAGGUCGAUCCGGCCCUGUCGAACGCGCUGAAGGCCCAAAAGUCCGAGCCGGACGAGGGUGACCACCUGAACAUCUGUCUGCUGAUGGUGUUCGUCGCGGUAAGCAUUCCAAAGUUGGCCAAAAACGAAAACUCCUUCUACCGGGCGUCGCUCGAGGCGCACACGAACAAUACGCACUGUAUGGCGGUGGCGAUAAACAACAUAUUCGGCGCCAUGUUUACCAUCUGCGGGCAGAACGACAUCGAGGACCGGAUGAAGGAGUUCCUGGCGCUGGCCAGCUCCUCGCUGCUGCGGCUCGGGCAGGAAUCGGACAAGGAAGCGAUCAAGAACCGGGAAUCGAUCUACCUGCUGCUGGAUCAGAUCGUGCAGGAGUCACCCUUCCUCACGAUGGAUCUGCUCGAAUCCUGCUUCCCGUAUGCGCUCAUCCGCAACGCUUACCACGCGGUGUACAAGCAGGAGCAGCUGAUGCACUAAAAGACGACCCCCCCCCCUUAUUCCCACUUCCCCAAACACCCUCCGAUGUGACCAAAACUACUAUUCGCUGCAUUUUAGGAUUGCUACUUUCUCUCCUUCCUCUUCUUCAUUGAAUCUUGGCGAUUCCGAAAACAAAACAAAAAAUACUGCAACUUUUUCACAUAUUUUUAUGCACAUUUAUUUAUUGCAUCCACGCAUAUGGGGCUGGCCCAUCAACGCCUAGCCUCCAUUUGAUGCAUUUAUUUAGAGCAAAUUUAGGAUGCGAAACGGAAUCGAUGUACGAUUUCCACUGUUAAUUUCGGUUAAGGUCCGCGAUGGGCUUGGGACAGGAGCGGUCUUCGUGAUUAUGCAGCAGGCCCUCCCCUGCCCCGGUCCGUCCUUGCAACUACCUGUGCAACAACCUACACUCAUAAGGGAAAAGCAUUUAAUCAUUAAAGAAAACGUAUGAACAAAAACAUCCAGCAAAACACAAAUUACACAGUGUAACCGUUAUUUGGCAAUACUAUUUUUUUUAUUUCGAAUAUGAAAUAAACUCGCUCUAGGUAUAGCUUAUUAAAAAAUAAAAGUAAAAAUAAUUCAA